AUGCACAUCUUCCAGGUUUGCUUCAUUAAACUUUCAUCAUCUUUCUUAAGUUUCUUAGACUCGAAUAUGACAAAAAAGAUUCCCGCCUAUCACAUGUUUCGUUUGGCACGUAUUCAUGUACAUAUUGUUGAAUCCUCUGAACUUUGGAAGAGUGUAAUUGACCUUUUAACCUUUGAUGAAGAAGUGAUACAACCGAAACAUGUGACAGGUACCAGACCCUUUAACCUAUUAGCUAAGAUGUUCUACAUUGAGGCUGCAGUGAUCAGAUUCGAACGCAAAGAGAUUCUCGACCAUCACGUGCUUUGUGUCUGA